UUGUUAAUAAUGGUGCAGUAAUACUAAAAAUCUUUUGCGCAAAUAGCAUUUACGAGUAGUUGCAGUUUGCUGUAGGACGAGUGCAAACGUGAUCUCAAUAACGUUCGGUCGUGUUCGAUAUAAAAGCAGAAAAAAUAUAAAAAGUUAUUUUUUGGCUUGUAAAAUUUAAAGCUUGCGGCUCACACCUCGAUUUUAGUCAAUUGUUUCCGUUCCCCCUAUACCCUUUUGACCACCCUGUGUUUUUAUAAAUUUCCUUGAAUUCCAGGAGUGUUCUUGCCAGUGUUUUAUUUGGUUCAUUCGUGGAACGGCUUUGCGGAAUUUGCUUUUUGUUGUUCAUUCGUCGGGCAUGCAGCAGAGAACGUUCUCUGCGAAGUGUAAAUGACAGUUCUAUUUCUGGCAAAGUUUUUCAUACGAGAACAAAGAAUUACUUUAAACGUGGAAAAGUACAAGUUACAAAAUAACAAAUCGCUAACAAAAGUCUGUGAUUGAGAAGAAUGUUGGAAUAGCUGCAGAUUAAAGACGGCAGAAACAAAGAAUAAGGGCGGAAAAUAAAUUGUCUUCCUGUUUUGCGUUGCCUGUGGGUUUUGUUGUUUUUCUCCGUGGUUCUCUGCAAGCGCCAACGUCUACGUCAGCGGGAAACUGCAAAAGUUUUUCAUUAGUGCUUGAAAAUAAAAAGAAAAAUCGUGAAAAAAUUGUGCAAUUGUGACAAAAACAAUUUGAAACGCUUUCAAUUAGCCCUAGAAUAAUUAGGCGAUAAAAGAUAAAGUACCAAAAGAAACGACAUAAAUACGAACAAGUAAGAAGAUAAAUAGAAGUUUCUGAUCGGGGUUGUAGCUUUCAACAAAUUUCGAAAGCCGUGCAAAACAAUUCUUGAAUUUGAUUUGUUUGAUUAAAGGGGUUUUAUGUCUGAGUUCUACGUUGGCUAUGGAUUGUAAAUUUAUUGUUUAUAAUGCGGCUCGAGACAACAACUUAGCGCAAUUGAAGCAUACUCUUGCCAACAGAUCAGAGUCGGAAGUGAUGAUGCUUAUAUCUGCGAAAGUAAAUGGUGCCACACCGUUGGUGAUUGCCUGCCGAAAUGGCCAUUACAAUAUAGUAGAGUAUUUGCUAAAGCGACAUGCCAAUGUUGAGCAAGUAGGAUCAGUGAGUUUCGAUGGAGAACCAAUUGAAGACGCGCCACCGCUAUGGUGUGCCGCAGCUGCGGGUCAUUAUGGUAUCGUGAAACUGCUGGUACAUCAUGGGGCUAAUGUAAAUAGCACGACACGCACAAAAUCAACGCCACUGCGAGCAGCUUGUUUCGAUGGGCACUUCGACAUCGUCAAGUUUCUUGUGAACAACGGUGCAGAUUUUGAAGUGGCCAACCGACACGGACAUACAUGUCUAAUGAUAGCUUGCUACAAGGGCCACUAUAAGAUCGCGCAGUAUCUACUAUCACUGAAUGCCGAUGUGAAUCGGUGCAGUAUAAAGGGGAAUACGGCCUUGCAUGACUGCGCGGAAUCUGGUUCGCUGGAGAUUUUGCAACUGUUGCUGAAGCAUGGUGCAACAAUGGAUGUCGAUUAUUAUGGUAUGACACCUCUGUUGGCUGCCAGCGUGACUGGGCAUUUGCCAAUUGUGGAACACCUUAUUACUUUACGCUGUGUCAGUCGAAAAAGUAGAAUCGAUGCCUUGGAACUUUUAGGUGCAACUUAUGUGGAUAAAAAACGUGAUAUGAUCAGUGCUUUGUCACUGUGGCGGCGCGCAAUGGAAGACCGAAAUCAGGAACCAAAAAUUCCAAAAGUUAUCGGUGAACCCAUUGCUGCUUACGAAUAUGUAUCGGAAGUGGCAACAAUAGAAGCGCUGGAAGAGUUGGUUUUGGAUCCCGAUGAAAUGCGAAUGCAAGCUUUGGUUAUACGACAAAGGAUCUUGGGGCCAACUCAUCCUGACACCAGCUACUACAUACGAUUCAGAGGUGCGCAUUAUGCGGAUGCCGGACGUUUUGAUCGUUGCAUUGAAUUAUGGACUUAUGCGCUGACGAUGCAGCAGAAAAUUCUUCAACCUCUUAGUCCAAUGACUCAAUCGUCUUUGCUAUCAUUUGCUGAGCUGUUUAGUUUUAUGUUAGUCGAAGCUGGGCGUUUGUUACCCCGUGGCCGCAUUGUACCACCAAUCGAAGCUGCAGAUAUGUUGAUGAUAUUUAAUAAGGCUGUUUUAGAAGUCGAACGAGCACUUUCAGGCCUUGAAUGGAGCCUAGAACACGAAAAAAAUCCCGUUGCACCACCAACUAUGCAUGAUUGCAAUCACGAUCCGAAUGCUUUAAGCCGCGCCUUAGUAAGCGCUUUACAUAUUGGAUGUUUAUUGGCAUCACUUGAGGAAGACGAAAACUUCUGCCCAAAUAUGCGCAAACAAAUUUUAUAUUCUUUAUAUAAGUUGAAUCGGCUUAAAGUGUCUGUUCGAUCAGGACGAACUGCCUUGCACUACGCCUGUUAUCGAGAAGGCACCCUUGUUGGUCGCUAUCCUGCUUGCCAGUUUCCUUCACCAGCACUAGCGAAAGCUCUACUCGAAGUCGGAGCCAACCCGAAUGCUAGAGAUGACGCUGGAAACACGCCAUUACAUUUGGCUGCAACAGCGCAACCAUGUCCACGAGCAUUAACGAAAGUGCUUUUAAAAUAUGGGGUACAUCUGGAUGCUAAAAACGAUGCUGGUGAAACCUUCGAGUCACUGUUGAAUCCUACGAAAAUACAUGAAAUUGUAAAUCCACUGAAAUUCACUACUCUGGCAUGUUUAGCUGCGCGAACAAUACAAAAACAUCGAAUUAAGUAUGUUAAUAUCGUCCCUCCAUCGCUGUACACAUUUAUUGAAAUUCACUAAAUGCUGAGUGAGAGCUGUCAAAUAUGCCAGAAUGCUCAUAACGUGUUCAACUGUUCAGCGCAGGGCAGAGCAGAGUAAAUGAUCGCAGUUGUAAAUACUUUUGUGAUCGACGCGUGUUUUAAUAUUCUAUUGAAUUUUAUUUUUACGUGUAUAUUACUUAUCAAAACCUGUACGCGGAGAUAUUGAAGUUAUUAAUGCUAAUAUUGAUGCCCUUUCUUCCUGUUUGGCAUUUGCACUGAUAUAUGUAAUGUAAAACAAUAGCCUGCAACUCAUCCAAUGUCAAGCUUUAGUAAACCAGAAAUGAAUGAAA